GAGUGUCAAACUUUCAAUUUUUAAUACAAGCUUCUUCUGACUCUCUUUCUCAUCUCUUUACAGGUUAAUAAUAAACCCACCCCUCUCACCAAAUCCCUAACCCAUCGAAAUCAUCGUCUUCCUCUCUCUCUCCUUGUAUAAACUCAUCCCUUCCCCUUCUCCUAACGGAGAAUAUUAUUAGUAUUUGCUGAUGGGCAUCAAGCUUUUGAAUCUCCAGAUGAUUCCAUGGUGUUUACACUUUUUGGGUAAUCCCAUUUCUUGUUUACAGCUGCAGUCUGAGCAGUCGAGUGGCCGGACGAUAAAGCUGAUAAAAUCUGAUGGCUUGGUCAAGAUCUACGACCACCCUAUCCAUGUUUCGGAGCUCAUGAUGGAGUUUCCGAAGCAUCUCGUAUGUCGUUCUGAUUCGUUUUAUAUCGGACAAAAGAUCCCCGCCCUGUCGGGAUCUGAUCAGCUUCAGCUCGGCCACAAGUAUUUUCUUCUCCCUAAACAUUGCUUUCAAUCUGUUCUUUCCUUCCUCACCAUCGCUUCUUUUGCAUCGCCGCAAGCGCAGUCGUCUUCGGCAAAGUCGAGAAACGCGUUUCUGAAGAAGGCGGCGUCGUGCCAGCCGUUUGAUAUACAAAAAUCUCCUUCUGGGUGUGGGAGAAUACGCGUUUCUGAUGAGUUUAUAUCGCAAUUGAUGGAGGAAGGAAUAAUCAAAGAGGAAGACGAAGAAGAAGAGACUUUUAAGAGUAAAAUAUGCACGACGGCGCAGUUGCAGAAAGAUUACACACAGCUGGUGGGUUCUUCACGGCAGUGGAAGCCGAAGCUGGAGACGAUAAAAGAGAAAGAAAAGAGAAGACUGUCAUCGUUUGGAAUAAAGAGAAGAAAGAAAUCUCAAUCAAAGGGAAACCAUCUUCAUCUUCAUCAUCAUCAUAACAUAACUUCAACGAAACCUCCAUUGAAAUCCAAGAUUAAGAUUAAAUCAAGAAAGGGCUGGUAGUGUUUCGAGUUUUGUUAUUAUUAUUAUUAUUUUUCUUCUGGUUCACUUUGUAAAAUCAUCAUACAAGUCUACUUCAGAUUAUACAAAAAGAAAAAAAUUCUCAAAA